GAGAGCUACCCCCGUCUCAGGCCACUGUGUUUAUUCGACGUUCGGACUUUUCCGAGUGUAACGGUCUGUAGGGUAUUACACUAUUACUGUACAUAUAUAGUACGUCUGUAUACUAGGGUUGCGCCUGCUCUGCCGGCAGGGUGAUAUUUGCAGGAGAUGUGCACCGCGCAGACGCGAAUUAAAACGUACACAUCGCACGACCCCCGUGCACUAUAUGCACAGUAAUAAUAAUUAAGCUAUGCGCUCACGGACUUCGCGUCUACGCGGAAUCUUCUAAUAAUUAUGUUGUACAUUUUAGUAUAAUCGCGUCGUCUGGCCGUCAAUCGCACAACCAAAUAGUUCUAUUCCGUGAUCAUCGAUCAUAAUCAUUAAUCAAUAAAUAGUCUUUCGUAAUUGCGUGUUCGUGGUUAAUGGUUAUCCAUCGUCGUUCAUAGCCGGUAUAGUCGGUGUCGUACCGCGCCAUUUAUCAUAAAAUAAUAAUCGUACAGUUUAAACAUUGAACACGAACGAGAGCGGUUUGUUGACGUCCGCCGCAAUCGAAUGAUAACCAUUUUAAAGGGGAACGCGGACGCAUGUCAUCGUUUGCAAUGUCAAUGACGACGAUAACGACGCUGUUCAUCGCCGGCGCGGCUCCGUUUACGGCCGUCGUCAUGUCGACGGUCGACGGCAGGCGCUGCGCUGUUGCUGCCGCAGGUUUGUGAGACGGGGAUGCGGCUGGCCGGUGUUCUUCGCUCACCGGGCGGAUUCGACCCGACGUCAUAGCCAUAGAUAACGUCGUACUAUAGCGAUUUCGUUUCGUAACGAUGGAGCAAGUCAAUGAAGUACGUCGAGUGUGUCGUUGUCAUCCCGCGACCGCACCUCAGUUUGCUGCAAAUCGCGUUCUAUGUUUUGGAAAUUAAUUUUUUUAAAUAUAACCUCCCCCAGAACGCGAUGUUGGGUACACGUACAAUACUACAAUUUUAGUACUACCUUCGUGAUUCAAUGAUGAAAACUCGAGUUCGUCUGUUGCUGCUCUUGUUCACUGGUGCUCUUACCUUGUUCGUAGUCUUUUUUGUCUUCGAUGAAAAACCCAACAGCGUAGACGUCAAAGACAACAAGUAUUUUAGUCAAAAACUUAAACCACCGACCCAUUACAAGCCUGCAAAACAACAGUAUAUAAUACAUCCACCGCAUGUAGAACGUACAUUACCCAAUCGAAGUGGAAUCGUUCCAAGAGACGCAGUUUGGCAAAAAGUCCAAUCAACAAAGUACAAAUUUUUCAUUUAUUCAGCAUACUUGGAUACAAGAAUCAAAUCUAUUGGACCAUUGGUACGUAUAAUUGGUGCGACCAAAACUCGAAAACCAGAUCCAGUUUGGUGUAGAUUAUGGUAUGCAAAUAGUUCCAAGACGGUUUCAGCAUUUGUGAAAGCAAUCCGGGAAAACUGGAAUCUAAAGUACAGUGCAGUAUUUGUGUUGUGCAAAUUACCAUCAGACGGAAACCAUCCGUUAAGCGUAUCUAUUGUGUCUCAUAUUAAAGAUCCAAUUACAAAUGAAAUUCUGAUUCAAAUGCCAAAACCAACUAGUCAACUCAAGACUGAUAUAGAAAUUUGUGUUAAGCCAUUUCAUUAUUAUUAUGAUCGAGCAAUACAACUAAUGGAAUUUGUAGAGUUAAAUUAUUUACUCGGGAUUGGACAUUUUACAUUUUAUAAAAAUACUAUUGGGCCAAAUGUUGAAUGUGUUUUGGACCGUUACAUAAAAGACAAUUUGGUUUCUGUUUUACCUUGGCAGUUGGAUAUGGUAUCCAAGCAAGAAAUCAGAACUGAAGGAAUGUUUGCUGCGCUUAAUGAUUGCUUGUAUAGAAAUAUGUACAAAUCAAAAUAUGUGGCAUUUUUAGACAUAGAUGAAAUUAUUGUUCCUAGACAAAAUGAUACAUUAAUCAAAUUAAUUAAUUGGUUAAACAUUUAUCAAACUCCAGCUGCUUAUUCAUUUCGUAAUGCAUUCUUCUACAUGCAAUGGGCUGAUGAUGACUCUUUACCAUUAGAUCAGAAUCCAUUUCAUUCAAAUCUUGUAGUAUUACGUAAAACACGGCGUAAGACUAAAUUGCAUCCACAUAAACAACGUUCAAAAUAUAUUUGUGAUCCGCAACGAAUAGUAGAAGUUGGAAAUCAUUUUAUCUGGGAGUUUUUAAAUCCUAAUGAUGGGACAUUUUAUUUUACACCAGAACGUGCAAUACUUCAUCAUUAUAGGGUUUGUGAGUAUGGAGGAAAUGAUUGUGUAACUGCAGACUCUACAGUGGACCGCACCGUGUACAGGUACAGAAAAAAAUUGGUCGACAGAAUAACAAAUACUCUUAGCAACUUGGACACAAAUUGUCUAAUAGAAGCUCAAGCAAACACUAAUGAAACAAUGUACUUCUCAAAUUAAUUUUUCUUGAUAACAUUUCAUUUUCAUAAAGUGUGUUUCCAAUAAUUUAUUUACUAUAAUUGUUUUAAACAGGGUGAAUUAAACCUUUAAAAUAUGUAUAAUGCAUAUUAGUGUUGUGUGAAAUAAGUGUAAUUUAUGGGCCAAAAUUAACUCUAUAGUUUGUACCAAAUAAAAGCACACCAGGUGGCGGACAAAAAUCGGUCCAAACUCGCGCAUGCUAGAUGGAGCUCCCGCCGUCCGUUCUGACAGCAACAACAUUGUUGUUGGCGGCAAACGCAGCUGACUAAUGGUGACCAAUCAUAGAGCUAAAAGACUGCCAGGGGUCCAGACGUUGCUCCGCGAUUCAUUUGGAUGCGCCAACGCGAUGUACUCUUAUUUGGUACAGACUAUAGACAAUAUUUUAAAUGGAAAAAAAUCAUUAUACCGUAGAAGUGGCUUACUUAGGGCACAAAUGUCGUUUUGGCUUAUUGUCGCUAUUACCUCUUUUGUCAUCACUAUAAGAUAAUUUUUGAAUCGGAUAAUUAAUCAACACAAUAUUUGCAAAGUCCAGAACACAUCAGUCGUAAGUUUAAGGGAUCUUAACUAUAUAUUCAUAUUUAAAAAGUAGAUCUUUACUAACAGCUUUAACAGCAUAAAAUCAACCACAAUUUACUCUGUAAUAAUUGACUUGAUGUAAAUAUUGUUAAGAAACAUAUUUAUUCUCUGCAUCUCUAUUAGAGAUGAAAAAAAAAUCAUCAUCGUAUGUGAAAUAUUUUUAAAGUUAUCGAUGUUUUUUUAUUUUAACUUGGGACACCAUCUUUUUAAUUCAUCAGUAUUUUUAUUCAAUAUAAUUAUGUUUCUUAUCAUAGGUUAGUAGAUGUACAUAGCGUAAUUUUUUUAAUUUGACUAUAUUACCUAACUUGUUUUAAGUUGAAUAUUCAAAAUUACAAUUUAGAAAGCAUUUUUAGUUGUAUCUAUUAAUCUAUUCACCUAGAACAUAGUUAUAAAUUGUAUACAAUUUUAAUGACACAUUUCUAUGUUAAAUGUUGUAAGAAAACAUUUUUUUUCAUGUAUUUUGCCCCAAGAUGGACACAAUAGGCUCAAAAUGAGUUUUUUUUAUCAAAAUUAAAUAACUGUCCCAAGAUACGGUCUUUCAAAGGUAACUUGGGGCAGCCACAAAAAAAAAUAUAUAAAAUCAGAAAUGAAGUAUACAAAUUUAAAUUAAAAUCUAUAUUAAAGUAUAGAUUAAGAGACAACUUUUACUGACCCCAUACUAUAAUUAUUAACUGAGAUAUACAUUGUCAAAGUUCAAAACUGCCCCAAGUAAGCCACUUCUAUGGUACUCUUAUACCUAACUUGUAAAAAAAAUAUAAGUGAAUAAAAAUAAAAAUGUUUGUAUUUAAAAAA